AACUGGGGGCACUGGGUUGCAGUGGGGGACAGAGCUACAAGGCGCUGGUGCCAGCCGCCCUCUGCCCGCAGCCCCAGCACCGGCCCCGCACAGGUAGCUCCGCCCCGCCGGGAGUCGCGAGCCGGGCCCGGGUCGCGGGCGGAAGCGGAAGGCGGCCGCGGCGGGCGCCCUUCCUGCGGGCCGAGCCGUGCCGUGCCGUGCCGUGCCGUGCCGUGCCGUGCCGUGCCGUGCCGUGCCGGCAUGGGCGAGAGCACCAGCCCCAUCAGCGUAAUCCUGGUGAGCUCGGGCAGCCGCGGCAACAAGCUGCUCUUCCGCUUUCCCUUCCAGCGCGGCGCCGAGCACCCCGCCGCGCAGGCCAGUAAACCAAGGAGUCGAUAUGCUGUGAAUAGCUCUGGUGACACCACAGAAGAUCAAGAUGGUGACUCCAGAGACCAAUGUCCUCUAACUGAUGAGCAAUUGGUUUCGGGAACAAGUUCCCUCCAGCAGCUCACUGAAGUCUUCUUCCCUGUGGAUUUGAGCUCCACUGUCUCACGGGACACCCUGAGGAAGAAGAGUGGAUGUAGAGACCAGACCAAUUUUGCAAGGUUUUCAGAUGUCAUCCUGGCAACAAUUUUGGCUACCAAGUCAGAUAUGUGUGGCAAAAAGUUUGAACUCAAGAUUGAUAAUGUUCGCUUUGUUGGCCAUCCCACAUUGCUUCAGCAUGCCCUUGGGCAGGUAUCCAAAACUGAUCCCUCACCGAAGAGAGAGAUGCCCACUAUGAUUCUCUUCAACGUGGUGUUUGCACUAAGGGCCAAUGCAGAUCCAUCCGUGAUAAACUGCUUACACAACCUCUCCCGAAGAAUCGCCAUAGUCUUACAGCAUGAAGAGCGCCGCUGCCAAUACCUGACCAGGGAGGCUAAGCUGAUCUUAGCUAUUCAGGAUGAAGUGUCUGCCAUGUCAGAAGCCACAGAAGGGCCGCAGUCACCUUUUCAUCACAUCUUACCCAAGUGCAAACUGGCUAGAGAUCUCAAAGAGACGUAUGACAGUCUCUGCACAACAGGGGUAGUCCGUUUACAUAUCAACAACUGGCUGGAAGUGAGUUUCUGCCUGCCUCAUAAAAUCCAUUAUGUUGCCACAAACUUUAUACCCCCUGAAGCAAUUGAGAGAAGCCUGAAAUCUAUCAGGCCUUACCAUGCCUUAUUACUGUUAAAUGAUGAGAAGUCAUUGCUUAAUGAGCUCCCGUUGGACUGCUCUCCUGCCUUGGUGAGAGUAAUUAAAACUACCUCUGCUGUGAAGAAUUUGCAGCAACUGGCUCAAGAUGCUGACUUGGCAUUGCUGCAGGUUUUCCAGCUUGCUGCACAUCUCGUUUACUGGGGAAAAGCAAUUAUUAUUUAUCCUCUGUGUGAAAACAAUGUCUACAUGCUUUCUCCAAAUGCCAGUGUCUGUCUUUAUUCUCCAUUAGCAGAUGCGUUUUCUUGUCAGUUCCGGGGCCACAACCUGCCGUCGAUGCUUUCCAAGUUCUCCCUCCCAGUGUCACUCUCAGAGUUCAAGAAUCCGCUCGCACCACCUGUUCAGGAGACUCAGCUAAUUCAAAUGGUGAUAUGGAUGCUCCAACACCGGCUCCUUAUUCAGCUUCACACUUAUGUCUGUCUGAUGGUGCCACCAAAUGAGGAGGAUUUCCGAGCCCAAGAUGAAGACAUGCGCUUUACUGCCAGAGUUGGAGGCCGAAGUUUAAGCACUCCCAAUGCUCUCAGCUUUGGUUCUCCAACUAGUAGUGAUGACAUGACUCUGACAAGCCCUAGCAUGGAUAAUUCCAGUGCUGAAUUGAUACCUGGUGGGGACUCACCACUAAAUAAAAGGAUGACAGAGAAUCUCCUAGCAAGCUUGCUGGAACAUGAGCGGGAGGCUAUCCUUAAUGUCCCUGCUGCCCAGAAUCCAGAAGAUCUUCGCAUGUUUGCAAGGCUGCUGCACUAUUUCCGAGGCCGACACCAUUUGGAGGAGAUUAUGUACAAUGAGAACAUGCGUCGCUCCCAGCUGCUGAUGCUGUUUGACAAAUUCCGCAGUGUGCUGGUGGUGACCAGCCAUGAGGACCCUGUGAUUUCAGUUUUUCAGUCUCUCUUAAAGUGACUCUACUGGUAAAGGAAGGGAACCUGCUACACUUGCCAUACUGAUAGUCUAAAAGAUGCCUAAAAAGUAAAGGAGGUGAUUUCAAUUCCUUCUUGCCAUGUGACACAGAGCAGGUUCUCCCUCUCCACACCUCAGUUUCCCAUCUGCUCCCUGUGGCUGAGGCCAGUCUAUACGAGGGCUCUGGGGCCUGCCGCAGGACAGCAUGUGCUUCCUCACUCUGGCUUCCUGCUGUACCAUGUUCACAGCCCUUCCCUGACCCGCUCCCUCCCCGGGGCUUGUGAGAGCAGGCCAAGAUGAUGUCCACUGCAGUGUUACUGACAGUACUUUACCUUUGGGUGGAUGCUGGUGCAUCAGAAGUGCUCUCCCAACAACAUGACUGCUGGGUCAUGCACCUGCAAGUGCCAUUUGUGAGCAGCCCGUCCCCCAUGCCAGAGCACACAUGGCCUCUGCUCAAGGGCAGACUGGAGCUGGCCCAGCUUUCAGGGAAACAUCUCUGGGUGCUGAAGAAUUCUGUUUGAUCAUCGUUAUCUGGCAGCAGUGAGGACAUAAGUAGGAAGGCAAAGUAUCACAAGUAAACAGCUUCAUGAAUGAGAA